AUAUACUACAUGUGUUUUACAGCAAUGGAUGUUUUAAGUAACUCUGACUCUGAGCACAUGAGUGAAGUGUUGAACCCACAUACAAGAAAAGUUGAGGUCCUCCAUGAUGUUGCUGGUUCUGUUCCAGUAACAGUCAUAGAUGAUGCUCCAGAAGUUACCAUCUAUAAUUCAGCUGGAAACCAAGAGACAAGGAGUUCAGGGAAUUUAUCAGCUGACUCUGUUAAUAUGGGAAACUUUACAAAUAGAAACAACAAUGCAGGUUCCUUUGAUAAGGGACAUGCCGAUGGUGAAGCUGUAUGUAUACCCAAGUACCUAAUACAUCAGCAGCCAUCUGAUGAUGAGUUCAGUCACUUACCCGUGGAACAGAGGAGGGAUAUGUUUGAAUCUCUCACAUCCUCCUUUGAAAAAAGAAGUGAAAAGAAUGUAAAAGUAGAAGCUCCGCCUAGACAUGUUAUGAAGUCUGAGGAGUGUAAAUCAAAGCUGACUUCAUCUCACUCCAAGACUGCAACUGAAAUCAAUACAGCAAAAGAGAAAGUAAAUCCAUUUAAUGAAUAUAGUAAGAGGGAGAGACCUCUGAAAAAAAGUAAGUCAGAACUAGAAAUCAAACGGCCACCUGCAAAAAAAAUUGAAGUAGAAGAAGUUCCAUCAACACCUCCGUGGUGUCAUCGUGCCCAGAAAUUGGAAGCAAAUUAUGAACCCAAAAUGGGUUUGACGACCUUCAAAGUUGUCCCUCCCAAACCUGAAGUAAAAAAUUUUGAUAGAGGACUUUCGAUCUCAACUGGUGCUAUUAAGAUCGAUGAACUAGGCAACCUUAUCAACCCAAAGCCUGUUGUCAGUAAGAACAUACCAGGUUCCUCUGCUGGUGAAAGUGAGGAGAUUCCUCUUGGGAAAGUGAAGGCAUUCUGGAGGUCAAGUUCUGUGGAAAAACAAGGUGAUGACUCUGCUGAGCAUCUUGCUAAAAAGCCAGCAGUUACCACAAACUCUAAAUCCUUUGUUACAAAGCAAGAAUGCAAACCCGUCUGUCCUGCAGCUUCAAAACCUGUACCACCACAAACUGUUAUUUCCCAGGUAGGUGAAAAACAGUCUGAGAAUGAGAAGACCAAACCACCUCUUCCAGUUACACAGUCUCAGGUAAAACCAUUAGUGGUCCCAGCCAUUAAUAAGGACAAGCCAGAGCUUCCAUUUCUAAAGCCUCACAGGAGAACUUCUAGUCAGUAUGUGGCCUCUGCCAUUGCAAAACACAUCAACCUACCUACCUUUAAGUCUGAUUCUACAGAUUUUCAUGAGAAAGAUGAAAAUAAGCAUGGGACAGGAGAGGUUAAAACUGAAGCUGAUGUUUCCCCCAAAAGGUGUAUUAUUGUGGCCAAGUACAGCCCUGUGGAAACAGAAUCAGCAGAAACAAGAGAAAAAAAUUCAAGUAUUUUUACUUGUAGUCAAAAAGCAUCCCACAGAUUCGCACCUGGUGAUAAUUCUGGCACGGAAAACAAAGUAGUGAACAUCAGGGCACCGAGUCAAGCAACUCCUGCUAGUUUCUAUAAAAAGAAUGCCAGUGUCCCACUUAGUAAAUCCUCUUCAAAGGAUAACAACAAAGCAGAAGAUGAUCACAGUUUAAACAGCAAACAAGGUACAGCAGAGAAAAAGAUGCAUCUUUUGUUUGACCAGAAAUGUGAGACUUUGCCCCGUAGUAAUUCAGCCUCCUCUCUCAAGUCACCUGAGCUCCAAGGAGCCUCACCUUCUUUCAGCUCAUCUUUGCGCAUUACUAAAUGGCCUCCUGCUGACAGCAUGCAAGUUAGUUCCCUGAAAGCAUCGCCCGAGUUCAAUGGUGUGACAGCAAAGGCAGAAUCAGAACAGAAUGACAGACCUGAUGAUUCGGCUGCUAAUGCUGUCGGUGAAUUGGAUGUUAACGUGCAGACUAAUAUCUUCGGACCAAAGAAGAAGUUCAAACCUGUUGUCCAAAAACCAAUUCCAAAAGAUACAUCGCUGCACAGUGCCCUAAUGGAAGCUAUUCAAACAGGAGGGGGAAAAGAAAAACUCAGAAAGGUUUCAGACAGCGCGCUAAAUGGCAAUCACAAGAAACCCUCAUACAGCGAGCCAGAGAAUGAGCGGUCAGCCCUACUAGCAGCAAUUAGAGGUCACAGUGGCACUUCCAAGCUGAAAAAAAUCUCCUCAUUGGCCUCCGAAGAGCUCCAGAGUUUUAGGAAUGCAGAACUGUCUUUACCAAAAGCAGAAGACCCUCAAGAAGAACAGCUCUGUAUUCCACCUGCCCCUGCCCAGCCACCGCCACCGCCUCCCCCUCAGCUGUCAACAGCGACUUUUAAAUUCUCUGCCACGACUACAGGUGACCCUGGAGAGGCAAGGCGAGCCCUGAUGGAGGCCAUUCGCUCUGGUGCUGGAGCAGCAAAGUUAAAAAAGGUCCCUCUUCUCGUUUGAAUCACAUACAAAGAACAAGUAAUUGGAAAAUCUAACCCCAUAAGCACCUAUAAUCAUCAUUCAAGUUCUGAAGGGCAAAAAACAUCAAGACAUUUAGUUUAUUCUUUUGUCUACACGCCAAAAUAAGUUGUAGUUAAUUUUCUUUGUGUUCCUGCAUAAUGGUUCUAAAGGAAAAAUAUGUUGCUCUGCUGUAAAGCUUCUGUGCCAAGGAAUUGUGUUUUGCCUCUGAAUAUUUAAGGUUGCCAAUAAACUACUCUUGUUGGCAGGUUAAUAAGAAUAUAAACACUGUGCGGUCCUGUGUUCAUACUUAAUUGUGUUUAUGGGCAAAAUGAAAAGACUUUGCUAGCUAUCUGAAAAGUAAUAUUCAUUUCAAGUUCUUAAGAAUAUGUAACUGUUUCAAACCAUUUACUUCUUAUUUGAUUUAGAAAGGGCAGUAAAUGAUCAGGGGGAAAAGGAGAAUAAAGAUCUGUAGAAAAUAAUCACAAGGAAAAGGUUGUGGUACAUUAUGAGGAACGUCAACUGUCAUACGUGGAGUCAUUGUUGUCUUCUUAAGAUUAAGUGAAUGUUAUAUCUUUGGUGGAGCUCUGAGAAAGCAGUCAAUCAAGAGUGAAUGUGAGACUGUGUCUAUUGAAAAGUUACUUAUGGGAUAUGACGUAUCAAAUACUUGCAUGUAUAGAUAUACUGAGCCCUAGUAAUGUUCACGGCACUUUAAGAACUGAGACACCUUAAAGAAUCUCUAUUUGCAACAGACUGUGAGCAUUAUAAAUAAGACUUCAGAGUGCUCCAUCGAGGUUCAGGAUUUAGAAUUCAUUCCUGCACUGCAAAAGGAAGUCAAGCUGGUUUGUAUUAGAAACCAGGACUUUGUCUCUUGGUCAAGUUGUGGGUAAUUUCGCCAUUUGCUUCCAGAUUGUAUGGUUGUUGUAUGUUGUCUCAUGAAUAUUUAUAAGCAGCAUCUUUCUCAAAUGUUAACUACUUUGGUAGUUGCUGUUGUACAUAUUUUGACAAUCUUUCAUUGAAUUGAAAUUAUUAACUUAUAAAGGAGAGAUCAAAAAUGCUUUUUCGUAUUUCCUGUAUUGUAAUGAAACUGAGGAAGAGGAAGUUUGUACAUUUACACUUUUAUAAUCACAGAUCAGAGUGCUGGUAGAUUUUUUUUUUUGAGGCUGAAAUUUAAAAUGUAUAGCUGUGUAAUGUUGAAAGCGAGAGAAUAUUUAGCCAUCUGCAUUUAAUAUGACUGUAUAUUAUAUAUUGUAAAAUAUUGAUGUCUGUUAGUGCCACAAAUAAAAAUAAAACUAAAACCUUA